ACAAGACGGGGUGCAACGCUGUUCGGGUGAAGAGCCCAGCAGAGCUGGGGCAGACGGCAGGGUCCUGGCUUCCGUGGGGAAGACCCCAGGUCCCUGCGGGUGCUUUGGGCUCUCCUCCCCAAAAGCACCCCAGUGCUGAGAGCGAGGACUCCUUGCUUUGGGUGCUGUUUGGCGUGUCCCCGCAGGCAUGAAAGGAAGCUGAACCUCCCUUCUGAGUGGACUACGCAGCGUUGCCUGAAUGUCACGGUCUCAUCGGCCUCAGCAUGUUCCCACCCUGCAGCUCCCUGAGCAGUGACCUGGCAAUGCAAGGGAUACUCUGCAUGCUCAGCCUGGGACUGUCCCUCCUGGCACCACAGCCCGGCUCUGCGGAGAUCUCCCUGUCCACCUCCCUGCUGCCCGUGGUGGGGGAGCUGGGCCAGGACGUGGUGAUACCCUGCCAACUCUCCCCGCCGGCCCCCCUGCCCGGCCUGGAGGUGCAUUGGAGGAAGUACGGCCUCAGGACUGUCAGCGUUCACCACCACGGCAGGGAAGGAACUCAGGAGACGCCAGGGAAAGGCUACGAGGGCCGAACCGAGCUCUUCCCCCAGGAGUUCAGCCAUGGCAACGUCUCUCUGAAGCUGAGGAGCCUUCGCACAGAGGAUGCAGGGAGCUACCAGUGCUUUGUGGGAAGCCAGCAAAGAAACCUGGAAGCCACCGCUGUGCUCCAAGUCGAAGCUGUAGCCCUGGUUUACUUACAUGUCACGAGGACCGAGGGGUCGGGGCUGGGGCUGUCCUGCAAAUCCACCGGAUGGUUCCCCGAGCCCACGGUCCGCUGGGUCACGCAGGACGGGCAGGCCUUGGCAAUGGAGCCAGUGACCACCAUCACGCAGGACCAGCAGCAGCUCUACACCGUGGAGAGCCACAUCACUGUGCCCGGAGGAAAGGACACUGACAAAAUAGUGUGCAUUGUGCAAAACAGCCUGACGGGCACCAAGCAGCGCUCGGCCAUUGAGCUCGGAGGAGACGUCUUCCCUCGUGCAUCUCCGUGGCUGCCCGCCUUCUGGGUGCUGCUGCUGUUGGUCCUCCUGGCCCUUGCAGCUGGUGCAUUUUUUGCCCACCGAGCCAAGGGGAAGGCAGCCACCAGGAAAGCUGAGCAGAAGGUGGCUCUCCAGGAAAAGGAACGGCUGCUGGUGACCAUGGAAGCAGAGAAUAACGAUCUCUGCAGGUGGAAAGAAAAAGCCAUGCAAGAGCUGGUUUUCCAACAGGCACGGAGCUGCCAGGUGACCGUCACCCUGGACACAAGCCACCAGCACCCAGAGCUCAUUGUCUCGGAGCACGGCCAAUGUGUCCAGUGCCAGCCGUCCUCGCUGGGGCCAGCCCCCCGCAUUGCCGUGGGGCACCCGGGCUUUGCAUCCCAGCGGGCUUACUGGGAGGUGGAGGUGGGCGAUGGGGACGACUGGGAGGUGGGGGUGCUGAACGAGAGCACCAGGGACCAGGUGAGACGAGGGGAGGUGAAGGAACGCCCCAAGGAGGGCUGCUGGGCCCUGCAGAGAGUGGGGGGCCAGUACCACCCCCCCCAGACCAACACACUGCUCCGGACCCUGAAGAAGGCAGACAUCAUUGGGGUGUAUCUGGAUGGAGAAGCAGGGAAACUCACGUUUUAUGAUGUUGGCCAGAUGUCCCUGAUUGUGGACAUCCCUGUGCCUGACUUGGGGACGCUCUACCCCUUCCUCAGCCCCCGCCCUGCCGUGGGGGGAGCCAGUGGGGACCCCCUCCGCAUCUUCCCCAUCCCCCUGCCCCCCCUCCCCCACUGACGGGGAUUUCCCUCAGCAAUUAGUGCAUAAGGGAGGUAACAAAGAUGCCCAGAGCAAGGACACUACAGAGCAUCGUGGCCAUGCCACCCAGGAAUGGUGGGAAAACUGCUUGGGAUGGUCUUCAGCAAGUCCAACCCCCGUCACCUCCUGCGCCAGCGACUGGGAGCUGCAGGAGCCCUGAGGGCCUCACCCAGGCCCAUCCCAAAGCCCGGAGGAGCUUUGGGGUCCCCCCAAUGGAGACAAAGCUGGGACCGCCGCAGAAACCACCGAGGACAAAAGCUCCUUGCACCCCACCAGGUGCCCAGAGCCAGAGAGCAAAGCCCAGGCAGGGCCUCAGCAGCACUGCUCCCAGGGUCCAGCCAGGCUGGCCAUCCUGCAGUGCCAGGGGAGGCCACGAAGCUUGGGGACAACGGACAUCCCUCCUCCUAUGGGGAGAUAAAUGCUGUGAGGGGGGCAGCGGGGAGACAGGGCUGCUGGCGAGGGCGUGUGCAGUGCCCAGGGCCAAAUCUGGGGUGUCCCGCACCCAUUUGCCAGGCUUCGAGUAGGAGCGUUUGAAAGCUGCUGUCCGCUUGCAAUUCUCAAAUACAGCGAUCCUUUCUGCACCUUC